CCUAGCACUAACAACAUCCCCUAAUUUACCGACCUCAAACCUCACAGAAAACAGCCGAUAAAAUGUCAGAUAAAUCUACCAGCUCCUCCAGUGUACCCAAGCGCUCGGACAGCCCCUCGAUCCCAAAGCCAAACACGCCCGAGGAAAAACCACCAACGAAGAUAGCUCCAAUGCCAUCUCUAGCCGAAAAGAAAACUAGGUUCUGGAUCGAAGAUGAUAAAACUCUAUAUCUCAAGAAAGGAGAGCCAUUCUCCUUGACAAUCAAACGAGAUACUGAUUCAGAGAUACCGCUCAAUCAUGUCAGACUCGACGCGUAUCGAGUGCCUCCGCAUGAUGAUAGUGUUGAAGCAAUGAGACACGAAGGGAGUUGGACUCCCGAGCUCCAGAAAUGCAAACGGUUUUUAUUUUGGAAAGGAACGCGUUCCUUGACAUUCAAUAACCUUUCCAUAGGGGUACGUGGAGAUUUCCGCAUCAAAGUAUCUGUUCAUGAGUUGCAUCCAACGGAAGAUCCCAAUGUAGUACAGUAUGAAUGGGUUGACAGCUUUUAUAGCGAAAUCAUCCAUAACUACCAAAGGCUAAUGAAGGAUUAG